AUGUGUACCGGCUGCGGCGCCUUCACGCAGACGAGCGACCCUCAACAGCUCGGCUACUUUGACUCGGGAAGCAGGCGGAUCCGGAACUGGCUGAGCCCGCCGACGCACGAGAAGAAGGACUCGGCGUCCGACCAAGAUAAGCUUGUCAAUGACGCGCUGCGGUCUUUGGAAAGCGGCAAGAUUGAGGCGCUUGGGCUGAGCCCCGCCGCCAUGGGAACGGACGAAGAAUCCCAGACAAAGGCCACGGCUGUUCUCGAAGCCGCCAAGCCUCCUGUAUGCGGCCGAUGCCACAACCUGCAGCACUACAGCACCAAGAGCGAAACGGCGAAAAUGGCAAUGCACCACCCGACCGUUGAGUCUUUGCGGGCAACGAUCGAAGAGUCGCCCCACUCAAUAAACCACAUCAUCCAUGUCAUCGACGCCGCCGAUUUUCCAAUGUCGCUGAUCCCGCGCCUUCAUGUCUUGCUCGGUAACAUUCGACUGCGGUCACAAAACCGGCGUUCCAAAUCACUAGGGAUACUGAAUGGUCGCAAGACGGACAUGUCCUUUAUCAUAACGAGGAGUGACUUGUUGGGCCCCACCAAGGAGAUAGUAGACUCCAUGAUGCCCUAUCUCCAAGAGGUGCUGCGAGAUUCCCUUGGAAGGAAUGGCGACAAGGUGCGCCUCGGCAACGUGAAAUGUGUCAGCGCCAGGAGGGGGUGGUGGACGAACCCAGCCAAAGAGGACAUCUGGCGCCGGGGCGGCGCUGCGUGGCUGGUUGGCAAGGUCAACGUUGGCAAGAGCCAGCUGUUUGAGGCAGUCUACCCCAAAGGCAGGAUGACACAAGGCAAGGUAGUCCAAGGCAAACUGCCCUCCAGAGCAACCACGGCAACUUCGAGCUUUUACGAUGCUUUCGCCAGUGCCAGGUCGAGUGACGGACGCAGCAGGGGGGAACGGCCCCGGGACGAUCUGGUGGUUGGAGAACUCCUGCCGCCGCCACGGCCGGCGGAAAACUAUCCCGCGAUGCCGGUGGUGUCUCCUCUUCCCGGGACAACUGCCUCGCCAAUUCGACUUCCGUUUGGGGACGGCAAGGGAGAGCUCAUCGACCUGCCCGGACUAGCAAGGAGCAACCUAGAACUUUUCGUCAAGGAGGAGCACCGACAGUCCCUAAUUAUGAAGAAGCGGAUCGUUCCGGAGCAGAGGACGGUCAAGGCAGGCAAGUCGUUGCUUCUCGGUGGCGGGUUGAUUCGCAUUACCCCUCGUACGGACGACAUUGACUUUCUCGUGUACAACUUCACGCCUUUGGACGACCACCUGACGGCGACUGAGAAGGCCAUUGGCUUCCAAAAUCAGACGCAGUCGUCUGUUGGCUUGGAAAACAUCACGCUGCCCGGGGUCGGCGCCAAGAUGAAGCAUGCAGGGACCUUUAAGCUGUGCCACGACGUGACUAAGAAGAGGGCCGGGCCCCUGACGAGGAAGGAUGCUGUCGGCCUGCGAGUGGAUACGUUGCCCUUUCGUGUCAUCUCCGUCGACAUUCUGAUUGAGAGCGUCGGAUAUGUCGAGAUUGUCGCGCAGGUUCGGGCCCGAGACUUCGACGCAUGGACGACUGCGCAGCAGCGAGCAGACGCGCGCGCCAAGAACGUCCCUGGUGCGUCGGACGAUCCUUAUGUCAAGAUAUUGCAGCAGAGAUGGGGCUACACGGACGCCGAGCCAUUCAGCAGACCGGCCAAGCUGUUGACUUGGGGGUCCGAGCCGGUCCGCGAGGCGCCCGCCGAACCCGAAUCAGAGCCCGGAUGGCCGGCGAUCGACGUGUUCACGCCCGAGGGCCAGUUCGUGGCGUCUCGCAAGCCGAUUAACGGGUGGGAGAACAACAAGCCGCGGGUGCUCGCCGAGCACAAGAAGAGCAGGCCGCGGCGCAGCAUGAAGGGGGACAAGAAGAAGAUGAAGGAAGCGACAAAGCCCAGGAGGAUGGCUUGGUUGACUGAGUGA